AUGGCGUCAUUCAAAUCGGUGGCCACAGUCACCAGCGCGCUUGCCAUGCUCCCCUCCGCCAUGGCAGCUUUCAGCCCGGGCGCUGGCAAUAAUAUCGCUGUGUACUGGGGUCAGAACUCGUACAACCAAGGCUCCGGCCCUCUCGCUCAACAGCGUCUGGGAUACUACUGCCAAAACACGGACCUGAGCAUUAUCCCUGUCGCGUUCAUGAAUGGUAUCACUCCCCCAAUUACGAACUUUGCCAACGCGGGCGACAACUGCACCGCUUUCCCUGACAACAAGAACGUUCUGAACUGUCCCCAGCUUGAGGAGGACAUCAAGACCUGCCAGAGCAAGUACGGCAAGACCAUUGUGCUGUCUCUCGGCGGCGCUACAUACUCUCAGGGCGGCUGGUCCAACACUGGCGACGCCGAGACCGCGGCGCAGAUGGUCUGGGACAUGUUCGGACCCGUGCAGUCUGGCAAGUCCGUCGACCGCCCCUUUCGCAGCGCCGUCGUGGAUGGCUUCGACUUUGACUUUGAGAGCAGCGCCAACAACCUCCCCGCGUUUGGCGCCAAGCUGCGUAGCCUCAUGGAUGCCGCCGGAGGCAAGAAGUACUACCUGACCGCCGCCCCCCAGUGCGUCUUCCCCGACGCGGCGGUCGGUGCCGUUCUGAACGCGGUCGCCUUCGACUUCGUCAUGAUCCAGUUUUACAACAACUGGUGCGGCACGUCCAACUUCCAGGAGGGCUCCAUCACGCAGAACGCCUUCAACUUUGACGUCUGGGACAAGUGGGCGCGCGGCAGCAAGAACCCCAACGUGAAGCUCCUGCUGGGCAUCCCGGCGGCGCAGGGUGCCGGCGGCGGAUACACGAGCGGCUCCAAGCUCAAGGCGGCCAUCAACUGGUCGCAGAAGUACUCCAGCUUCGGAGGCGUCAUGAUGUGGGACAUGUCCCAGCUCUACUCCAACAAUGGGUUCCUGAGCGAGGUGCUUGCUGAUAUUGCCGGCGGCCCGACCACGACCGUACCUCCCGUGACUUCGACCACGACGAGCCCUGGCACCACAGAACCGACGACAACCUCAACCCCCCCUCCCUCUGGCGGCGGUCUCGAUCAGUACGCUCAGUGUGGUGGACAGGGCUACAAUGGCCCAACGGUGUGCAAAGCUCCCUACACCUGCGUGAAGCAGGGUGACUGGUGGUCGUCCUGCAAAUAA